UCGCUCAACCCCUCUUCUAACACCAUUAUAAGCUAGGAUGCCUCUGAAUCUGAUCCAGUAUUAAAAGGUUCAUUGAACCACUCACAACCCUCGUAUUCCUUUAUUCAAAUAGGAUUAUAAAAGUGUAUCUAUGUAUGUUACUUGAAUAGAAGUUUGUUAUUUUAAAAAGUACUUAGGUUUAGAUAUCAAACUUGAAAAUGACCUCCACAAUUCAGAUACUCAUGCAUGGAGCAGUUGUUAUUGCCAUGAUGCUGACUGAGAGCCUCCAAGAGGACGCCAAGCCUGCCGUGUCUUCGGACGAGUGUCAGGUGACGCCCGUCAUCCAUGUGCUCCAAUACCCAGGCUGUGUUCCAAAACCAAUCCCUUCGUUCGCUUGUACAGGAAAAUGUAGCAGCUACUUACAGGUUUCUGGGUCAAAAAUAUGGCAAAUGGAAAGAUCAUGCAUGUGCUGCCAAGAGAGUGGAGAGAGGGAAGCUAGUGUGUCUCUGUUCUGUCCAAAAGCAAAACCAGGAGAAAAGAAAUUUCGCAAGGUAAACACAAAAGCUCCCCUGGAUUGCAUGUGUCGUCCCUGCACUGGAGUUGAGGAGACUUCUGUAAUACCUCAAGAGAUAGCUGGCUAUGCUGACGAGGGCCCUAUGAACAACCACUUCAGAUUACAUAGCUCUCGAUAGAAAAUAAAUAAAAAUUAUUCUCUUUUUUCAUAUUUAUUUUUAAAUGCUUUAAUAAUUUAUGAGUGUUGACUCUAUACCCACAGACAUUAUAAUGAUAUAACUGAACAAAUUUCAUUUUUAGUGGAUGUUUCAUCGGACUUAUUAUUGCUUCUGAUGAGUAUGUGGUCUAUACACUUACAAAUACAGUAUUAUCCAAUAAUUAUUUUCUUUUUAAAUAUUUAUGAUCAUGGUCUAUGAUUCAAAGCAAAGCAUGUUCUUCUGUGUCUGAGUUGAAUAUAAAUUAUACAACACCAAAAACUCAAUUUUCAAAAUCCAUUAUUACUCUUUUAUUCUGAAAAUUAAUUAGUUUUAGUUCAAAGGAUAAAACAUUCAACUAAAUAGAAAUUGCCAGCUUCAAUUCAUAACUAGAAUCUUGUUAGAAUAUUAUUAUCAAAUAUCAAAACAGUUCAUACGUUCAAUGAGUGCUGUGAAGAAUGAUUGGCAUAUAAUAAUUUAGAUAAUGAACUGAAUUUAUUCCGUUUUAAUGUGAUCAAUAUUAUCAAUAAUGAAUAUUGUGAUGGCUUUUAGGAUGAUAUUUUGAUGGUGAUGAUAUUUUGUUAGAAGCAUUCUUCAAUAAUAGUAGCACUUUUGUAAAUGUUUGAUUUUUUGGAAGAGAAAGAAUAAGUUUCAACCACAUCAGCUAUUACUCUUCUGUUUUCCCAAUUACCCUAUAGAAUAAAACAAAUUGAUACGGUACUUUAUAA